AUGGAGCAGCAUCAGCAAAAUAAUGAUUGUGUUCAUUUCUGGCCAACUCUCCUCCCAUUGGAAACUCAAGACUACGAGCAUGCUAACAUCACCACAGGUUUUUAUUAUGGUGACCAUGGGGAUGGGGCUCCAUUUGUUAAUAAAACUGUGCUUGCACAUGCAACUGGUCCGGGAUCAGGCGCACAGAUACAUUUCAAUGCGGCAUUUACUUGGUCAGUUGAUUUCAAUUCAGAGAAAUCAGAAGAUGCCUUUGAUUUGGAAUCCGUGGCGAUACAUGAAAUCGGGCAUGUGUUAGGGCUGGAUCAUUCGUCUGUUCAGGAAUCUGUCAUGAGUAUCAAAUGGCCUUCCAUACAACCAAGAGCGAAAAAGUUGGACUUGUCUCUGGACGAUGUCAAUGGUGCUCAAAUCUGA